AUGGGGCCCUACCAAGAUGAAGAUAUAGUAGCGAAUCUCUGGGAGCGAGCAUUCGAUUGCUUGGAAGGCAGCGACAAAGAUGAGCUUCGCUUUGACGGGCGCAAAACUGCAACCGAUCCUGCGUCGAUUCUCAGAGUCAUUGCGGACAAGCGCAACGAAUGCGAGGAGAAACAAUGGGUGCUUUUCACGAAUAAAGAAGGAAAAGAGGUGCGCGUGAGAGACGUCGUGGACAAAGUGUCUGGUUGGGUCGACCAAUUCAUUCGCAUUGGAGAUGCAGCAGUACAAUACGACCUGGCGCAUGCCGUACUUCCUUGGGCAGGGGUUAGGCUGCUUCUUCAGCUGAGCAUCAACGACUGCCAAGUCUUCGGAGGUCUACUGGAGAGUGUAGAAACUGUAUCAAGCAUAAUAGCCAGAUAUACAGCUGUGCAGACGCAGGUCCUUAUCAGAGACUCGGUGAUAACGCGGCAGCUCACGACCACUCUGGUCCAACUUUACGCGGCCGUCUUGAGAUUCCUGGCUGAUGCCUAUAGUUAUCACAAAAAGAGCACAUUAACUAUCAAAGGCACGAUCAGCACUGCCAAGAGAUAUGUCGAAGAGCCCAUGCUCGCAAUAGAGAGGCACGAGACUGAAGUAUUCAAGCUUGUUACACUUGUUCAGAAUGAGCUUGUGAGAGGAAGCCUGGACGAAAUUCUUGAGAAUAUCAAGCAGAACUCGUACAACUCUCAAAGAGUGAGCGAGGAUCGCCGUAGGCAUCUCUCAGCCUGGAUCAAUGGCAUUGAUACUAGGAACACGUACGAAACAGCUUUACGCUAUCAUCACAAAGGCACCUGUAACUGGGCAACAGAGUUGCAGAAACUCCAGGAUUGGCAACGAAAUGAGUCUUCGAGAGGUCGUCUACUCUGGGUUCAUGGACCAGCUGGGUUCGGCAAGACAUUCCUGUCAGCCUGGAUUAUCAGACAUCUGCAAGAGGUCAGCGUAGAGCCACUUGCUUUCUUCUUCUGUGUGGCGGAUAAUCAGGCUACACGCGACCCUUACGCGAUCCUUCGAAGCUGGCUGACCCAGAUACUACAAGAAAACGAUGCAGUCUUUCGGGUGAUGAACGCUGCAUUCACAGCUGGUGACAAGGAACAUACAUUAAGUCCCGUCGAGCUUGGAACUCGUUACCAUCACCAUGACCCACGAAACUACUUCCUCCGCGAUAUGGUUCAAUGCCUCACUCGAUCCAAAUCCCGAAUUUUGGUGGUCAGCAGGGAUGUGCCGGAUAUCCGCGAGAUACUGGGUAAGAGCUCGGUAGCUAUGGCGGAAGUAGACGCGUUCGGGUAUCAGAUCACAGCCAAAGACACUACGGCCGACGUGAAGUCGUUUACCGAGUCUGUGGUCAAUGAGAAGUUGCCGAAGAAGAAAGAGACUCUGAGGCAGGAAAUUGCCGACCGAGCCGCCGAACGCAGUGAAGGCAUGUUUCUCUGGAUCAAGCUCCUUGAAAAUGAGAUUUCUCCGGGGCAGAACGCAAAACAGCUCAGGGCAGCUGUGCAAGAAAUGCCAACUGGGAUCAGUGAAGCUUACUCCCGUGAGCUGGAGAAGAUUGUUCAACUAGCACCAAACAACAAGAACAUGGCGGUCACAAUUCUACGUUGGGUACUCUUUGCCGCUCGGCCUCUACUUGUUAAAGAGCUUGCGGAAGCUCUAGUCGUAUCUGACGAGGACCUGGACGAAUACCCAGAUACUGAUGAGCUUCCAGACGCCUGGGAAGAUGGAUUUGUCGACGAGGACUAUGUCAACGAAAUGAUCUUGGGGAGGUGUGGAUCCUUGCUGCAGCUGAGAUCCAAGACACCGACUACCCCGCUUUCAGAUCACACAGUACAUUUCGUGCAUUUCUCUGUCAAAGAAUACAUCUCAAAACUGCGCAACUCUCUAACCGGCAGCGCUUGGGCGUCUAGCCUUGGCCUGGCGGACGUGAAAACCGAGGAGAUACGGAUUUCGAACAUAUGCCUUCGCUAUCUCAGCUUAGAUGUGUUUGAGGAAAUACCACAGGAUACAUCCGUCUAUCCCUUUCUCUCAUAUGCAUCAUGGGCCUGGUAUUUUCACAGUUUUCACAAAAGGUCAACUCCGCCCUCACAGGACAUCCUAGAGAGAACACAAAAGGCCUUCGAUCCUACCGCGUCCAAGUGGAAAGUAUGGACACUGCUUCUAGAAGCCGAGCUCAGGGAAAGGGAAAGCGACUGGGAGAAGCUUUCCGAUGUCAGCUCUGAAUUCGAUGAAUUUGCGUCAAAUUCGGGAGAAGGAUCUGAGCCCGGGCAAGAAGUUAGCACUUCGAUGACCUUGGUGGAGAACCCCAUUUAUUACGCUUCUUUGCUUGGCUUGGUAGACGUAGUCAAAUGGCUGGCAGAUCAAGACCUCGACUGCGAUUGUACAAGGGGUCGAUUUGGGUUUCCUUUGCAAGCUGCCGUGGCGAGGAAUCAGGAUGGGGUGGUGAGAUACUUACUCGAUCGAAACGUCGAUGUACAACAGGAAGGUGGACUAUACGGCUUCACGAUCAUCGCAGCUGCAGCGCUCUCCAGUCUAGAGCUUGUCAAACUACUGCUCAACGCCGGAGCAGAUGCCACGGUUGUCGAUGAUAUGAAGUGGACCGCACUUCACCACGCAGCAAAACGGGGGGCUGCAGAAAUCGUGAGGUGCCUACUCGAUCACGGUGCUCAGGUCAACUCUAUGACCUCAGAGAGGAUCACCGCAGCGAAUCUUGCUUGCCGCCUCGGGCAUAAGGAUGUCUUAUCAACCUUGAUAGCUGAGGGGGCCGAUAUCGCCCUGGUAGACGUCGAUGACGUGUCUCCUCUCCAACAGGCUCUCGAAAAUGGCCAUCAAGAUCUAGCGCUGGAGCUGAUAGAUCGCCUCUCUUUUACGACCACCACCCAUCUAAGGUGGGGCCCUCUUCAAACGGCCGCAAGAGCAGGCUACACGAGUAUCAUCAAGAAGAUGAUCGACAAAAAGAUUGACGUAAAUAUGCUGGACGAAUACGAUUGGACAGCAUUGCAAUUGGCAGCAGCAUUAGGAGAUACCGAAGCCGUUCAGACCCUGAUUGGUGCGGGCGCAGACAUCACUUUGGCGCAUGCAGAUACAUCACCACCUCUACAUAUCGCCGCUGGCAACAACCAUGUGGCAAUCAUAAAGCUUCUUGCUGAAAACGGUGCGGAUGUGAACCAGCUCGGCGAUGGUGGUACCACCGCUUUGAUUGUCGCGGUUUCGAACAGCUGCCAGGAUGCUCUGGAAGCGCUACUGGACAUGGGCGCAUCCAUGAAAUGCAUGUACAGCCACGAGCAGCAAUCCCUAUUUGACAUUGCUAUCGAAGAAGGACAGGACAAUAUCACAAAAGCUCUGAUCGCGCGCGGCUGCGUUGGGCCACGAGGUCUUACGGCCACCGCGGAACAAGGAGUCACAACGCUAAGUGACAUGAACCAGCACCAAUAUCUGCCAAUCUUAUCAUGUCAAGACGAUACUAAGGGAUUGGCAGACCGCAUUUCAAUCAUGACCACCCCCUUCCCAAUGUGUGAGCUCAAUGAAGCUUUGCACGUAGCUUCAGCACGAGGCUCGAAGUCCAUUGUUCAGAUUCUUCUCGCUCGCGGCGCUUCAGCAAAGACUCAAGAUAUCAAUGGCCGAAGCGCACUCCACUACGCAGUGCGCCACCUCAAGCUCGACAUCGCGGACCUACUCAUAGAAUAUGGUGCUGACCCUUUAGCACAAGAUGACAUUGGAUCCACUCCGCUCGACCUAGCAGUCUGUCAUGGAAUUAGAGCAGCAGCCUUCAUCCGCAAGCACAUGGGUGACCUAACACUCGGCAUCAUUCGUCGGCCCUCCCUUCUAGAAGCUAUCAAUAGUAACCAAACCCCGCGCCUCUCAUCUCAAACCAUCUGGAACUUAAUCUCGGGUCCGUGGACAGGAAACUACGAAUACCUAAGUUGGCAAGAGGGAGAGAAAGAAGCCUUUUCCAUCGAGAUUCCCAGCGUGGGAAUGGAUGAGUCCCGACCUAGCACAUUCUUGAGCGAGCACGAACAUGACGAGAUUGGAGAUUUUCAAUACCUUGGCUUUGUCGAUCAGGGUGGGUCUAUAUGGUUUGUUAAGCUCUAUGAGAAGCAUGGAUGGCUGUAUCGCGGACGGCUAGACGCGCAGAAGAGAGUGAUUAGGGGUACAUGGGGUAGUAAUCGGAAGCUUUGGUUCGGAGGUUUUGAGCUUAGGCAAUAG